UUUUUUUCUUGCCUAUUUGUAUGCUCGUACGUUCGUAUGAACACUUUGCCCAGUUGUAUUUCUUCAUGUCCCCCCUGAUGUUCCAUCCUUUGACGAUGCGGAGUUUCUCCUUCGCCUUUUGUAAAUUAGAAUAAUGACCAGCAAAUUGUUCCAACACUAAUUCCUCACCUAUUCAAUUCGAAAACGAGCAAAGAUCACCUUCGACAUUGAAGAACGUGCCCGACGCGGAAAGGGGAAAAACGGAAAAAGCGGAAAAGCGAAUAGAGACCGGCAGGGAUUAACCCCAAGUAGCUACUGCCGAAGAAGAUAGAACUUAGAACCCCCCAAAAUUCAGUGAAAUAAAACAAAAAAAUCAUUUUAGAAAUGCUAAACGAUAUUAUAUUUCAAGUUAUUAUUGCUUCUUUUGGAGUCACAAUAGUCAACAGCGAUAAAAUAAAAUUUCUCCAAAAGUUCAGAUAUGCCAUCUACGUUUUAAUUUUGUCCUUCUUGCUAUACAAGGGAGUACCUUGGAAGAGGGAGAAUUACUACACCUACUUGAACAUCAGGCCCAAUGCAACGAAGCAAGAAAUACAGACCGCCUACAGGCAGGCGGCGAAAAUAUAUCACCCCGACAAAAACCCGGACGAGUCGGCCGACUCCGCAUUUAUAAAGUUAAAACAGGCAUACGAUGUCUUGACGGACGACGUGAGGAGAAGCAACUACAACCGAUUCGGGGACUACAAGAAUGGUGAAGUUGACGACAAUACGGCCACACUGCUGAUAUGCCUUUCGUUGGUCCAGCACACCAUGUUUUUCAUCAUAGGAUAUUUUUUAUCAUACCCACGGAAACUGGUGUUCGCAAGACAAAUAUUUCUGGUGUACAACAUAGCUAGCUUCUGCUUCGAGCUGCAGUUCCGAUUUAUCGAAGACGACACGACAUUCGACUGGCUACCCUCGAUAGGAUAUCUACUGCCAUAUGAGAAAAUAAAAUUACUUAGGAUGUUAUUCCCCAUCGUUUUUUUUAUCAGCAUAUGUUCCUCAGCGUACACGUACACAGACAGAAAUGCUACGUUGAUUUAUUUAAUGCGAUCCAUUUUGGCCACCAACAGAAUCGUUUUCGAAAGAUCAAAUGACGUCAUCGAAUCGACUAACUAUUUAAAGAAAAAUGGAGAACAGCUGGUUUCCAAGUUACAGGAAAUGAGGAAAGCUGUUGAAGAUGCUAAAUAUGCGCAGGCAAAAUUAAAAGACAAGGAUCAGAAGGACGAAAGGGAAUGCUUGGAAGAUGGUAAAAAAGACCCCAAGGACCAAAAUAAUACAGACGAUAAGCUGCGCGAAAAUGUGCAGGAGUUUGCCUUAACCCUCGAUUCGCACCAAAUGAGUCUACUUGAAAAUUGCUUUGAAUUGAUGAAGAAUAAGAACACCAAGGACAAGAAGAACCAGAAGAAGUCCUGGUUCGAGUUCAUCUCCAUGCAGAUGAUCUUCGGCAUUAUAUUCGUGUACAUCUGGUUUACCUCCAAGUGA